AUGUCCACGGCAAGAACCAUGCUUCGGCGGCUCCCACGGCCCUACCUGCACAACCGCACACGACCACAGCUCAACACCCGGGUCGUCACGACACCUGCGGCGAGACAUGUCCAUGUCAGGGCCAUAUCGUUCUCCACCAUCCCGAGAGCUGUGGCUAGAGCUUUCAGAAUCCCGUUGUACGGUGCCGCCGUCGGCGCGGGUGGAGUUGGAUAUGCAAACUACAAGCUCGAGGGUGUGAGGAAUGCUACCUCAGAGAUGCUUUCCAGCGUCCAGGACACAUUCUCGUCAGCCUACGGUUCCUUGGCCGACACUUUCUCAGUCACCGCGGAUCUUGGUUCCCAACUCGGCUCUUCUAUACAAGGCAAACUAUCGGACACUGCCUCGGGCGUCCAAAAUGGCGCUGAUUCCUUCCAGCAAGGGACGAAAGACUGGUGGGAUGCUUUUACGUCCCAAUUCAGCGGAGGGCAAGACAAGUCUCAUAGCGGUGGAGGCAACGAAGGUGGCAGGAAUUGGAGGCCAGGAGAGGGGCCAGGAGAGCCCAACAACAACGGUCCUAGUGGGGAAGAGGCGCUUAUGGGACUUGUUGGUGCGGCGGCAGUGUCGAAAGCGGAGGAAGAGGCUUCUGACCCAUUCUCGUCUGGUGGCGGAGGCGAGCACCAGCUUUUGCAAUUGACCAGAAAGCUCAUCGAGGUCCGGUCGGUAUUAUUGAGUGUGGAUCAGAGCGACGCUCUCAAGCUGCCUUCAAUUGUCGUGAUUGGGAGUCAGAGCUCAGGGAAGAGUAGUGUCCUGGAAGCCAUCGUCGGCCACGAGUUCUUACCAAAGGGCGACAACAUGGUCACUCGUCGACCAAUUGAGCUGACCCUCAUCCACACUCCAUCCAGCGCUGCCUCCUCAUCUACAACCCCUGCAGAGUAUGGUGUGUUCCCUACCAUGCCUGGUAUGGGCAAGAUCACGUCGUUCUCCACUAUCCAAAAGACCCUCACCGACCUCAACCUUUCUGUCCCUCCCGAGCUUGCCGUCUCGGACGACCCCAUUCAACUUCAGAUCCACUCCCCGCACGUCCCUGAUCUCACUUUGAUCGACCUUCCAGGGUAUAUCCAGAUUUCGUCCAUGGACCAACCCGAAAGUCUCAAGGACAAGAUCUCAUCGCUCUGUGACAAGUAUAUCAGGGAACCAAACAUCAUCCUCGCAGUCUGUGCUGCCGAUGUUGACCUCGCCAAUUCCCCUGCUCUCAGAGCCAGUCGACGAGUCGAUCCUCUUGGCACGAGGUCCAUCGGUGUCAUCACCAAGAUGGACCUUGUCAAGCCUGAACAAGGCGCCCAAAUAAUCCGCGGCGAGCGCUACCCUCUACACUUGGGAUACAUUGGCGUCGUCUGCAAAGCUCCUCCUACAAGUGGAGGUGUGAUCAGGUCCUUCAUGGGAGACCGAGAGUCACCAAACGUCACUGGUGCUGUCCUCAAGCGAGAGGAAGAAUUCUUUGGCGGUGAAAACUCGAGGCAUUUCAACGAUAAGCAGCUGUUUGGGACAGACACCCUCCGUCGUCGAUUGAUGGAUGUGCUCGAAACGAGCAUGGCUUCAAGCCUGCACGGUAUCAACAAUGCCGUCCAGCUCGAGCUGGAAGAAGCCAGCUACCAAUUCAAGGUCCAAUACAAUGACCGUAGAAUAACCUCUGAAUCCUACAUGGCCGAGACCAUCGACGCGCUCAAAUCCCGAUUCAAAGAGUACACUACACAAUUCACCAAGCCGGCUGUCAGGUCAAAGCUGAAGCGAAUGCUGGAUGAAAAGUUGAUGGACAUUCUUGAACAGUUGUACUGGAAUGACCCGAGGACGGUAGACUUGACCAAGCUUGGGGAUGACAGGCGGGUCACGGGUGAUGAUUUGGAGCCGUACUGGAACUACAAGCUCGAGACUGCUUCCUCGCUCCUCACCAAAUCCGGCGUCGGGCGAGACUCGACCACCCUCGUCGCUGACGGUCUCCGUCAGCUCAUCAGCUCCAUUGCCACCGGCGAGCCUUUCACCUUCCACCCCGCCGUCACCGACCGCAUCACCGAGUUCUCGCUCGGUAUCCUGCGUGAGCGCAUGGGCAUCACGGCAGACCAAGUUGAGAAUUGCAUCAAGCCCUACAAAUACGAGGUCGAGGUUGACGACCGCGAAUGGGCUUUGGGUCGCGACAGAGCGGAGGAAAAGUUUGGGGAGGAGAUCAAGAGGUGUGAAUCAAAGAUUGGCGAGAUCAGGGGAAGGGUAGGGGGUGCGAGAAAGUUGGGGGGACUGUUGAGGCAUGUUGGAGAGCUGGAAAAGUGGGAAGAGGAGAGGAGAAGGAGGAGGCUCAGUGGUGGGGCUACUGAGGGUGAAGACACUGGUGAUGCGUCAAUACUGGAUGCCUACAAGUACUCUCAGGCCCAGAUCGUUGACGGUCGCAACGCGCUCCUCCUCUCCAAUCGCCUCGCCAUGCUCAAGGUCCGUCAGCAAGCGUUGCGAUCUCGCCGCUGCUACCAAGGUCCCGACCAAUCCGCUUUCUGCCCCGAGGCAUUCCUCGCUGUCGUUGCCGACAAGCUGGCAUACACGAGCACAAUGUUCAUCAACAUCGAGCUGUUGGAGCAGUUCUUCUACCAGUUCCCGAGGGAGAUUGACUCGCGGAUCUUGUAUGAUCUGAAUAGAGAUGAGAUUGCAAAGUUUGCGAGGGAGAACCCGAAGAUCAAGCAACACCUUGACUUGCAGGAGCGAAAAGACAAGUUGGAGCAGGUGAUGAUGUCCUUACAAAGCCUCGUCAACCUCCAAAAGGACACUAAACCCUCUGCAACUAAGCGUGAAGGCUUGUUCACCAAGUUCUUCUAG